AUGGAGGACCUGCUGCAGCUACCGGAGCUGUCGUGGGAGGAAAUACGGAAGCACACAGACACCCAGAGUUGCUGGUGUGUGUUUUACGGCCUUGUUUAUGACCUGACUAAGUUUCUCAAGCAACACCCAGGAGGUCACCACGUUAUUCUCGAAGUCGCAGGUCAAGACGCAACUGAAACAUUUGAAGAUAUCGGUCACACAUUGGACGCUCGCGUGAUGGCCGAUGAAUACAUCAUUGGCAGGGUUAAAGGAGAAACGAACCUGCGCAAAUGCACGCCAACGAACGUGAAGGAGUACCGUUCUACGUCGGCGCACGGUACAGCGAAGGGAGCCGCGUCGACGAGUCUGAUAGUGGUAAUGAUUGUUGUUGCCUUAAUUGGAAUCUGGGCAUAUUAUCAGUUCCAAGAUGACAACAGCACUCUCUACCAGCAGAUCUCCACAACACCGCGGCGCGCAGCUGAGUGA